AUCGGUCCGUGAUUCUUAAGCUUAUUCAUUAUAAGGUUUAAGGUUUUAUGUUAUCGUGGAUUUUUAAGUUUGGUAAUGUCAUAGGCGUUUUCUUACCAAAAUGAAACUUUUGUCUGAUUUCAGCUUGUUGAAAAUAUGGAACAUGAACAAGUACACUGGGGUGCUGGGAGUCUACAACAGCCAAGGAGCAGCAUGGAACAGUGUUGAAAGAAAGAACACCUUCCACCAAACCGGAAGUGAGGCCUUAACCGGUGCCAUCCGGGGUCGAGAUGUCCAUCUCAUCGCUGAAGCUGCGAUCGGCCCUGACUGGAAUGGUGAUUGUGUUGCUUACUGUCACCGGAGCGGUGAACUUGUGACCUUGCCUUACAAUGCAUCAUUGCCAGUUUCCCUCAAGGUCCUUGAGCAUGACAUUUUCACUGUGACGCCCAACAAAGUUAUAGCUCCUGGCUUCAGCUUUGCACCUCUGGGUCUCAUCAAUAUGUUCAAUGCUGGUGGUGCCAUUGAUGGGCUUGAAUACCAACUCAUAAAUGGUGCCAGCAAAGUUUCAAUGGAGGCUGUAGAAUGGAGGUCUGGUAGGGCAUUUCAUGGAAGGAGAUUUGACAAUUUUCCCUUUGAAUUAGCAGUUGUCAUCUUGAGUCUUACAGAUACAUUUAUAAACUUCACUGUCACAUCUAUCAACGGGAAAGAUUGUGAGAUACUAAAAUAUUCACUCGAAAUGCCUAUCAGAUGUAUUUUUAUUUUGAGCAAAUCUGGAAAAGAUCUUACUCUAUUGAGCAGGAAAACAACGAUAGUGUUGGAUCAGCAAAACACAUCAACUGCUUCACCUCCAGAAUGA